UAAUAAGGACACUCUAACCUGCCUGGUCUUUUCCAGUGGGACAAGUGAUCCUCCCAAAGACCUCAUGGUAUCCUAGGGGAAUAUCAUCCAUGCCACCGUAUGUAGGAGUGAUGUUAAACGGUUUGGAGAUGACUAAAGUUCAAGAGCCACCGGUAUGGGACAUCCCUGAUGGGCUUCCAGUAUACUUCAAUGUCCUUCCGAUCUACCACACUUACAGCCUCCAUGAUCAGUUUUUUCAGCUUCCUCAAACCCUCUACGACAAGUUAUACUACCGAGGCCUCGUCCCAUCGCUUGUACACCAGCUGGUUCACCAUCCCCGCUUCAAAACUGCUGAUUUGAGCUCGAUUAAAGGCAUAGUCAGUGGUGCUGCACACCUCCCGCCCCAGCUCGCUGCCUAGUUGCCCCCGCUUCCCAGACGUGAAAGGAAUUUACGAAGGUGCAACCACAAAUGUACAAGUCCGCGGCUUCAUUAUGUCAUUGUAU